CAUCCGUGGAAAAUGCCCAGAUCCAUGUAGUGCAGGAAAAAGUGCAAUAUUUCACUCUGAAAAGUACUGCAAGAAAAGUGGCACAAAACUGAAAUAAUCAAGACAAGUGCCACGUACCUCCAAACUGGACGGAAGGACAGUGACAAUGUCUAAAAAGCAGUCCAGAAAGAAGAAGAUUAAGAUCUCUUGGUCAAGUGAAGAGGAUGCAACGUCAUCUGAAGAGCAAGUUGUCACCACAGUUUGCACAAGUGCCAAGAAGAAGCAGCAUGACAGCAGUCCUGACAGAAGCACAGAAAAAGAGAAAAAUUGUGCUUCUCUUACCGUCAAAGAUGUUUCCCAAAGUGGCCGUCAGAUCAAAAAGGCUGUCUACAAACUGGCUAAAAAAACAGCAACAGAUCCAGGACCUGGUGAAAAGGAAGAGAAAUGUGCGACAAAAAGUGUCGUGCUUGUGUCUUACCAUGAACGGAGUUGCUCUAGACAGGAGAAGGCUAAUAAUUCUGUCACUACAGGCAAAGCUGUAGAGACCGGACACUCAAAAUCCAGGAAGACCCACAGUGCAGAUAAGAUUCCUCAAAAAACAGAGAAGAUCUCCCAAAGAAAAUCAGAUAAUGAGUCUUCCGAGAGGAGCCCCUCAAAAUUCACCAAGAAAUUGAAGCGUCACACUUUGGAUUCAGCUGAAUUAAUGGAACAGAAGCACAUUUUAGCAAAGAGGCAGUGCAUUCAUGAGGAGCCACCCAAAACUGGACCACACAGCAAGACCCCUAAGACCAGGAAAACAAGCAAGACCUCCUCUCUCUCCAAGGAGUUCAGGGAGAGGAAGAGGAAGGUGGGCACAAAGAUGCACAGAAGAAAGCACAGAGAGGACUUAAAGGCCAAAGGGAAUUUGUGUGCUGAAGGAAAAUCCUCCUCCACUGCUGCUACAGAUCAGUCUUCCACUUCAGCCAAACCUACUACCUCAGAUAGUACAUCAAAUGUACUCAAGUGUGCCAGUCCCCCAAAAAAGAACAUCACACCCGAGUCACAUAAGGCAGCUAAUUCGCUAUGCACUAAGCAAGAGAUACUUCCCGACACACCCACUCUGCCUCGUAAUUAUAAGAUACCAAAAAAGACUUUAGUUCCACCAGCUGGUGAUACAGUUUGCAAUAAUGAUGGUACUCCUGCAAGUAGAAAAAGUAAUACAAGUGGAUCUGAGCCUUCAGUAUCUGGGGCCCCGGCGAACAAAACACGGCAAGGAUCUGCCCCCAGUGUUGACCGCCCUACAGCUGUGACACCUGCUGCUCCGUUUGAAGAACAGCACAAGUCAAAACAGAGCGCGAUAUCUGAACAGUUACCCACCUUGAACCAUGCAGGCACAUCACUGUGCUGUGACCAGAAGCAGGUGGUUGAAGAGCAUCACACUGCCCAGUCUGAGAAGAGACCGGAGUUGAAACCACUGAAGAGCUAUGGAGAGCUCACAUGUAUGGAAAUAGAUCUACCAGAAGAGGGAGACGCAGACUCAUCAAGCAGACAGACCCAUCAGCGAGAUGUCAUCCUCAUUCUGGACACCAACAUCCUCCUCAGUCACCUUGAUUACAUAAAGAAGAUCAGAUCUCAUGGCCUCGGAGCCAUGGGCUUCCCUGUGAUCCUGAUCCCCUGGGUGGUGCUUCAGGAGCUUGACUCUCUGAAGAUGGGGAACAGACUGUCAGGCUCUGUGGACCGCAAGGCCUCUCCUGCCAUCAAGUACAUUUACAGCUCUAUAAAGAGCCGGGAGUCUGGCCUCUGGGGGCAGUCGAUGCAGCAGGCUGCGCAGAGUAGCUAUGGUCUGAUUGCUGAGAAUAAUGAUGACCGAGUGCUGCAGUGCUGCCUGCAGUACCAGAGUCUAUACCCAGAGAGCCCUGUCAUCCUAUGCACUAAUGACAAGAACCUGUGCUCUAAGGCAAUUUUGAGUGGGGUGAAGGCCUUCAGUAAAGAUGACUUAGUGAAGGAGGUUGAGAGGCUCAGACAUGACGAUCAGGCCCUGCAGUGCUUGUCGACACCCACACGGCCUCUCAAUGUCUCCCAGUUUCAAACACCAGUGCUAAACAAGAGCUGCACACCAGCACAGUCCCCGAAGAGACAUUCACCGAGUCACCUUUCUCAAGCAGAGAUGGAAGAAGAUGACGGGCAGCUAGAUGAAGGAGAGAACGAAGAAGAGAAAAGAAAGAAGCUCAGCAGAUGUGUUUCAGACAUGGAGGACUGCCUGAGGGAGGUGCUGUGUGAGGUGCUGGAGGUGGAGAUGAAGGCCAUUUAUCAGGACCUCUGGCUAGAGAUAGUUUAUCUCAAACCACCCUGGACUCUUCUGGAUAUCCUGCAGUGCAUGAAAAAACACUGGAUUGCUGUCUUUGGACAUAUUGUCCCACGAAAGAAGCUGCAAGCUGUUUUACAUCUCAAUAACUUCUUCACCUCAGAUAAAACAGUGGAAUAUAACACCACCUCAGAGGCUUUCCUCCAAGCUAAAGACCUGCUGACGGUGUUUGGGAAAAGGUCAAGCCGUGUUCCUGCUGCCCUGUCAUUACUGGACAACAUAUUCAAUAGACUCUUAACUAAGGGGGAGACUCCUGUCAGUGAUGCUGUUAUGUCUGAUGAUGAAGAGAAGCAGGCCACAUCCUCUCAUGUCUCACACCAAGACGUCUGGGCUCUGUUUGAGAACAUCUGGAAAAAUGUAUAUGAGAUAAGCUUGACUGUGUUCAAAGCUCUGCACUUUGACCCUCAAACCAUGCAGAGAGCUCAACCAGCAGGAGGUCCUCCACCACCACAGGACGCCUUGUGCUGUUUGUACAAAGUGACCUCCAUGAUCUCACAGCUGCUCCAAGCUUUCAGCAGGAUCCUGUCCGCAGUCAGUUUAGAGGAAACCCAGGCACUUUUGAACUUCAUCCACUCCAGUGAGGUUGCUACUACCAGCUUGACAGCCAAAGACCUACUUGACUGUUUCUCACAGCAAGAAUACCGGGACAGGCUGAGCAUCGGGGGGACCCAGCUGAUGCAUCUCAAAGUGGCCCUUGAGCACUGUGUUGAGGCCGUGGGUCAACACGUUACCCACGCCACAUAGCGCCGACUGGACCAGCGUCAGGGAGUUUUCACCAUAUCAGCUGACCGCAGACCUUGAAUACACUGACCUCCUUUACUUGAAGUUAGACACUGUAAGUUACAGUCUUGUUUAUUUUUACUAUGCUGACAGCGACAAGACCUACUUUUAAAAAAAAAUAAAACUGUGUUUGCCUAGAGACACAAUGCUGUUCUGUGCUGUAUUAAUGGUGAUGGAUGUUCUCCAUCAUUCAGAAAAGUCAUGUUUUUGUUCUAUUUUGUGUUUUGGCCUGUUCAGUCUGUAGGGUUCAGGCCUGUGGUUUUGAAUCAUAGGCACUGUGAAAGAAGAGCGCUGCACACUGCCUCCUGUACUCCUCCAUAUUGAUUCCACUGGCUUAGAAAUUUUCAGCCUCCUAUCUCCUGCCAAGUAAAUGAAGUUGGGUGGCGAAAUGCAGGUUUUAUUGCUUUGUGGCCUGAUUGUUGCCCACUGACCUAAUUGAAUCUUUUUCCAGGUUCAGGGAAUACUAUCUUAUGCCAGCAACAUAAGUAAGCUGUCAGGUGAUGAUGACAUACUUAGGAAAAUCAUAUGACCAGACUGCCACCUUCUAUCCUGUGUUCUGCAUCUGGCAUAAAGUUUACUCUCACUAACCAACGAGUCCAGCUUCUCUGCCCUUAUGCUUUAACAAUUAGUGGGGAAAACUGGCAUGACCUCACCCUCCUUUUUCUCGCUGCAUGUAAGUCUCAGUGCUAUAUGAAAGGCCAUGUGGGACCAAAUUGAGACUUUGCCGAAGCAUAAUGUGAAAUACACACACAUUUGAAAUAAAUAUUCAUUGUGGCUGCCUUGACAACGCUACGCUGGAAGUAUUUUUUACUGUUACUAUUAUUUUGCACUUCAUUAGCAGAACUUCAAGGCUGUUCUUUAUCUUAGCCUGGGAAAAAUCUCAAAAUGACUGCGUGGUUUGCAUAAAGUGGGGUAGUGGGUGAUACACCAGUCUAACAGAGGUAACAGUACAACUGAGCACUACAGGAGGAUUAAGAAGGUAAUACCUUUAUUGGCACAGUCCUAGAUGGUCUCUUAUAUUGCAGCCCUUACUGAGACACCAUAUCAUAGGCUCUACAGACUGACAGUCCUGAAUUGUUUAAUUUCAAUACACACUAUUUCAGUACACUAAUUAUUAUAACAAAUGUUUCUUUUAAUUUUUAAGAUGAUUGUUUUAUGUAUUUAAGUAGAAAUAUGCUAUAUUUUCAGAGCAAAAUCUAUUUUUAUGUAUGAAUAAUGUUCUAUAUUAUUUAAUGUAUGAGAAACAUUAAACUUUUUUG